AUGAACAAAGCUGUGGACAACCUUAAGACUAUGAACAAAGCUGUGCACAACCCUUUAGAUGAUCACGUCCAACUACUGGAAGACAAGGAUGAAGCUGUGUACGAUCAGUCAAAAACUAUACAAGAAUUUAUUCCGCGGUGUGAUCCUUCGAAGAGACCAUUUCUAAAUCAGACUUUCGACGAUUUGGAUUCUGUCUACGAGUUCUACAAAGAAUACGGACGAGUUUGUGGUUUUGAUAUUAGAAAAUCAGCUGAAAAAAACGACAGAUCAGGGAAUACAAUCAGUAAAUAUUAUGUUUGCUCCAGAUCAGGUUCUAGUGAAAAGGAUUCACGAAAAUCUGAAGAUGGAGUUGUGACUCACAAACAUCGAACAAGAAAAACCGUAUCUAUUAAGUGUUUAUGUCCUGCAUUGAUACGUGUCAACAUAGCGGGCAAUGGUAGUUGCAUUCUUAAGAGAUUCAUUGAAGAACACAACCAUUCAUUUGCUGAUAGGGAUGGUGCUCAGUUUCUCCGUUGCAAUCGGAAUCUUACAUAUUUUCACAAGAGUUUUAUUUUCGAUGCAUCAAAACUGAAUAUAGGAGCCACUCGUGCACAUGGAAUUGUUUCAGCGAUGACAGGCUCUCAUGAAAAUGUUGGUGCAACCACAGUGGAUUUUAAAAAUUUUUCGAGGGAUGUUAAAAAAAAAAUAGGGAUACAUGAUGCUGAUAUGAUUAUACAGAAGUUUCAUGAUAUCCAAUGCAGUUCUGAUCCUGCAUUCAAAUUUGAAUAUGAAACUGAUUCUUCAAACCAUCUAACGCGUUUAUUCUGGGCUGACGGAAUAAACAGAAAAAGCUAUGAAGUUUUUGGAGAUGUUGUAUCCUUUGAUGCAACAUACAGGACAAACAACACUACAUUUGCUGGUGCUUUGCUUGAGAGCGAAUCUGCAGAAAGCUUCAAGUGGCUAUGUAAUACUAUGAAAAGCAUUUUUGGACGAGAACCGAAAUGUAUCAUCACAGACCAAUGCCCAGCAAUGAAAGUUGCUUUGGAGACUGUAUUUCCACUAGUAAAACACAGGCUUUGUAUGUGGCAUAUUAUGAAGAAGUUCCCAUCAAAGCUAGGGUCAUUGUUUUGCGCAGAGUCUGCGUUCAUGGACAGAUUAAAUAAGUUUGUUUGGUCUGACCAUACAUCACCGUUAGAUUUUGAGGAAGGUUGGAACGAAGUCAUAUCAGAUUUUAAUCUUUCCGGUAAUAAAUGGCUUACCGAAUUAUACGAUAUACGUCAUUCAUGGAUACCUGCAUACUUCAAUGACGAACCAAUGUUGGGUUUAUUAAGAACAACUUCAAGAUCAGAGAGUUCAAAUUUCUACUUUAACCACUUCGUACAGAAAGGAGAUACACUAUCAGAAUUUUAUAUAUGUUAUGACAGUGCUAUUUCAAGGCAGAGAUACCAACAAAAGCAGCUUGCACAUUAUGACAACAUAGUUCCUAGAACCUUGUCAAACAAGGAAAUCGAGAAAGAUGCUGCACAACAUUACACAAGGGUAAUGUUCUACAAGAUACAAGAGGAGAUCAUGGGCUGCAGUGGAGAUAUCUCUAUUAUGGAUUUGAAAAUGGUUGAUUUAGUCAAAACAGUUGUCAUAAAAGAUCCUCAAAAUAAAUCAAAUUGUUUUGAGGUAUCUCUAAAUCUUGAAACACACGAUUUAGAGUGUUCUUGUAAGCUUUUCACACGCGUUGGAUACCUAUGUAGCCAUGCAUUUUUCUGUUUAGGUAUUAGUGGAAUCCACAUAAUACCAAGGCAGUAUGUUAUGAAUAGGUGGCUAAAGAAAGCAGUGGAGAGAUUUUCAACAUUAGAGCUUGGAGAAAUUUCAGACCCAUUAUCUGGGGAAGAGUCUCGUAGAAAGAAGCUGCAGGAGUGUUGGUUUAUUUUCCAAAGUUGCGUUAGUGAGGCAUCCUCUGACCAAGGUCAAAUUAAUUCCCUUUACUCCCUCGAACCUUACUCCACUUAA